AUGCCCCGCCCUGGCGCGAGGCAGGACGGGAAAGUCAAGAUGGACGCGUCCAUUUGAACGUCUCGCAUGCCUUCCUGCCAUUAGCACUGGCGCCCGGUGCUGUUGCCCAUUCUUCCUCCGGAAUAGGGGAGGGAGAGGGAAUGAGAAGCUGCCACGGCCGAGGAGUCACUGUGACGGACCCCGCCGCUGCCCUAGGGCCUCCUCGGCCCCUGCGCCUCCGGGGAGCAGCCGGGGCUCGCCGCGCCUGACGCGUCCCGAGUUAUACAGAAAUAAUGUUGAUAUUUGGAACCCAUGUCGAACUUCUAUGAAGAAAGGGCAACGAUGAUUGCAGCCAGGGAUUUACAGGAAUUUGUUCCUUUUGGUCGAGACCACUGCAAGCACCACCCUAAUGCUUUGAACCUUCAACUUCGCCAGCUGCAGCCAGCCUCUGAAUUAUGGUCUUCUGAUGGUGCUGCUGGCUUGGUGGGAUCCCUUCAGGAGGUUACAAUCCACGAGAAACAGAAGGAAAGCUGGCAGUUAAGGAAAGGAGUGAGUGAAAUUGGAGAAGACGUGGACUAUGAUGAGGAACUCUAUGUUGCCGGAAAUAUGGUGAUAUGGAGCAAAGGAAGUAAAAGCCAGGCAUUGGCAGUUUAUAAAGCAUUUACAGUUGACAGUCCUGUUCAGCAGGCAUUGUGGUGUGACUUCAUUAUAUCACAGGAUAAGUCUGAAAAGGCCUACAGUAGCAAUGAAGUAGAAAAAUGCAUAUGUAUAUUGCAAAGCUCAUGUAUUAACAUGCAUAGCAUAGAAGGAAAGGAUUAUAUAGCUUCCUUACCAUUUCAGGUUGCCAAUGUUUGGCCCACUAAAUAUGGAUUGUUGUUUGAGCGAAGCACUUCUUCACAUGAAGUACCUCAAGGUUCACCCAGAGAACCUUUACCCACUAUGUUCAGCAUGCUGCACCCACUAGAUGAAAUAACUCCACUUGUUUGUAAAUCUGGAAGUAUUUUUGGUUCAUCACGGGUGCAAUAUGUUGUAGAUCAUGCAAUGAAAAUUGUUUUCCUCAAUACUGACCCCUCUAUUGUAAUGACUUACGAUGCUGUUCAAAAUGUGCAUUCUGUGUGGACUCUCCGGAGAGUCAAAUCAGAGGUAAGGAGAAAGGCAAGUCACUUCUCCUUAAUAGGAAGGGAUAGGCCGGGUGUAUUGGCUCACACCUGUAGUGCCAGCACUUUGGGAAAUGUGGCCACUAGCGCUCCCUCACAGCAUCUCAGAAGCCUCCUCAAAGGAGAAUUCCCCUGUGACCUCACCCUUUCCUUAGAAUUACUCCCCUCCAUUCCAUCAAAGUCGCUCAAGCCUUCAAUCACCCAGUCUACCAUUUCCCUCGCUCACCUUACUAUUUCCAACAUGGCAGCUCUAAGUCGUGCUCAUUCUCCUGCCUUAGGAGUGCACUCUUUUUCAGGGGUGCAAAGGUUCAACAUUUCAAGCCAUAAUCAGUCUCCAAAGAGACACAGUAUCUCUCAUUCUCCAAACAGUAAUUCUAAUGGCUCAUUUCUUGCACCAGAAACUGAGCCAAUUGUUCCUGAACUGUGUAUUGACCAUUUGUGGACAGAAACGAUGACUAAUAUAAGAGAGAAAAAUUCACAAGCCUCAAAAGUGUUUAUUACAUCGGACCUAUGUGGACAAAAGUUCCUGUGCUUUUUAGUGGAGUCCCAGCUCCAGUUACGGCCGUGUAAAAGUUCUCAAGAAGAAAUACACACCAUGCUGGUCUUGGAAGGCAGUGGAAACCUGGUGUAUACACAGGAAGUGGUUCGGGUGGGAAAGGUUUUUAUUCCUGGACUGCCAGCUCCUUCUCUGACGAUGUCCAACACAAUGCCUCGGCCCAGUACUCCACUUGACGGCGUUAGUACUCCAAAACCUCUUAGUAAACUCCUUGGAUCAUUGGAUGAGGUUGUUCUGUUGUCGCCAGUUCCAGAGCUGAGGGAUUCUUCAAAACUUCAUGAUUCUCUCUAUAAUGAGGAUUGUACUUUCCAACAACUUGGAACUUACAUUCAUUCUAUCAGAGAUCCUGUCCAUAACAGAGUCACCCUAGAACUGAGUAACGGCUCCAUGGUUAGGAUCACUAUUCCUGAAAUUGCCACCUCUGAGUUAGUACAAACGUGUUUGCAAGCAAUUAAGUGUAUCCUGCCAAAAGAAAUAGCAGUUCAGAUGCUUGUCAAGUGGUACAAUGUCCACAGUGCUCCAGGAGGACCCAGUUAUCACUCAGAGUGGAACUUAUUUGUGACUUGUCUCAUGAACAUGAUGGGUUAUAACACAGACCGCUUAGCAUGGACUAGAAAUUUUGACUUUGAAGGAUCACUUUCCCCUGUCAUUGCGCCCAAAAAAGCAAGGCCUUCCGAGACUGGAUCUGAUGAUGACUGGGAAUAUUUACUAAAUUCAGACUACCACCAGAAUGUUGAGUCUCAUCUUUUGAACAGAUCUUUAUGUUUGAGUCCUUCAGAAGCUUCACAGAUGAAGGAUGAGGAUUUUUCACAGAAUCUCAGUCUGGAUUCUUCUACACUUCUCUUUACUCACAUACCUGCAAUUUUUUUCGUUCUUCACCUUGUGUAUGAGGAGCUUAAGUUGAAUACUCUAAUGGGAGAAGGAAUUUGUUCACUUGUUGACCUUCUUGUUCAGUUGGCAAGGGACUUAAAAUUGGGACCUUACGUAGAUCAUUACUAUAGAGACUACCCAACACUUGUCAGAACUACUGGACAAGUGUGCACAAUUGAUCCAGGUCAAACAGGAUUUAUGCAUCAUCCAUCAUUUUUUACUUCUGAGCCACCAAGCAUUUAUCAGUGGGUGAGUUCUUGUCUGAAGGGUGAAGGAAUGCCACCUUAUCCUUACCUCCCUGGAAUCUGUGAAAGAAGCAAACUCGUAGUCUUGAGUAUUGCACUGUACAUACUUGGUGAUGAGAGCUCGGUUUCUGAUGAAUCCUCACAGUAUUUAACCAGAAUAACUAUAGCCCCCCAGAAGUUGCAAGUAGAACAAGAGGAAAACAGGUUUAGUUUCAGGCAUUCUACGUCCGUUUCCAGUCUAGCUGAAAGAUUGGUUGUCUGGAUGACUAAUGUAGGAUUCACUUUAAGAGAUUUGGAAACUCUUCCCUUUGGAAUUGCUCUUCCCAUCAGAGAUGCAAUUUAUCACUGUCGUGAGCAGCCUGCCUCAGACUGGCCAGAAGCUGUCUGUCUCUUGAUUGGACGUCAGGAUCUUUCCAAGCAGGCCUGCGAAGGAAACUUACCCAAAGGGAAGUCUGUGCUCUCAUCAGAUGUUCCUUCAGGAACAGAAACUGAGGAGGAAGAUGACGGGAUGAAUGACAUGAAUCACGAGGUCAUGUCAUUAAUAUGGAGUGAAGAUUUAAGGGUACAGGAUGUGCGAAGGCUUCUUCAGAGUGCGCAUCCUGUCCGCGUCAACGUAGUGCAGUACCCGGAGCUCAGCGACCACGAGUUCAUUGAAGAAAAGGAAAACAGAUUGCUCCAGUUGUGUCAGCGAACUAUGGCUCUUCCUGUAGGACGAGGAAUGUUUACCUUGUUUUCGUACCAUCCUGUUCCCACAGAGCCAUUGCCUAUUCCUAAAUUGAAUCUGACUGGGCGUGCCCCUCCUCGGAACACAACAGUCGACCUUAAUAGUGGAAACAUCGACGUGCCUCCCAACAUGACAAGCUGGGCCAGCUUUCAUAAUGGCGUAGCUGCUGGCCUGAAGAUAGCUCCUGCCUCCCAGAUCGACUCAGCUUGGAUUGUUUACAAUAAGCCCAAGCAUGCGGAGUUAGCCAAUGAGUAUGCUGGCUUCCUCAUGGCUCUGGGGCUGAAUGGACACCUCACCAAGCUGGCGACUCUCAAUAUCCAUGACUACUUGACCAAGGGCCAUGAAAUGACAAGCAUUGGACUGCUGCUUGGUGUUUCUGCUGCAAAACUAGGCACCAUGGAUAUGUCUAUCACUCGGCUUCUUAGCAUUCACAUUCCUGCUCUCUUACCCCCAACAUCCACAGAGCUGGAUGUUCCUCACAAUGUCCAAGUGGCUGCAGUGGUUGGCAUUGGCCUUGUGUAUCAAGGGACAGCUCACAGACAUACUGCAGAGGUCCUGUUGGCUGAGAUAGGACGGCCUCCUGGUCCUGAAAUGGAAUACUGCACUGACAGAGAGUCAUACUCCUUAGCUGCUGGCUUGGCCCUGGGCAUGGUCUGCUUGGGGCAUGGCAGCAAUUUGAUAGGUAUGUCUGAUCUCAACGUGCCUGAGCAGCUCUAUCAGUACAUGGUUGGAGGACAUAGGCGCUUUCAAACAGGAAUGCAUAGGGAAAAACAUAAAUCGCCAAGUUAUCAAAUCAAAGAGGGAGAUACCAUAAAUGUGGAUGUGACUUGUCCAGGUGCUACUCUAGCUUUGGCUAUGAUCUACUUGAAAACCAAUAACAGAUCUAUUGCAGAUUGGCUGCGAGCCCCUGACACCAUGUAUUUGUUGGACUUCGUGAAGCCAGAAUUUCUCUUGCUUAGGACACUUGCUCGAUGCCUGAUUUUGUGGGAUGAUAUUUUACCAAAUUCCAAGUGGGUUGACAGCAAUGUUCCUCAAAUUAUAAGAGAAAAUAGUAUCUCUCUCAGUGAAAUCGAAUUGCCUUGCUCAGAGGAUUUGAAUUUGGAAACUUUGUCGCAAGCACAUGUCUACAUAAUUGCAGGAGCCUGUUUGUCUCUGGGUUUUCGAUUUGCUGGCUCAGAAAACUUAUCAGCAUUUAACUGUUUGCAUAAAUUUGCAAAAGAUUUUAUGACUUAUUUGUCUGCACCUAAUGCUUCUGUUACAGGUCCUUACAACCUAGAAACUUGUCUGAGCGUGGUGCUGCUGUCUCUCGCCAUGGUCAUGGCUGGCUCGGGAAACCUAAAGGUUUUGCAGCUUUGUCGCUUCUUACACAUGAAAACGGGUGGUGAAAUGAACUAUGGUUUUCACUUAGCCCACCACAUGGCCCUUGGACUUCUAUUUUUGGGAGGAGGAAGGUACUCUUUGAGCACAUCAAAUUCUUCCAUUGCUGCUCUUCUCUGUGCCCUUUACCCACACUUCCCAGCUCACAGCACUGACAACCGGUAUCAUCUCCAGGCUCUCCGGCACCUCUAUGUGCUGGCCGCGGAGCCCAGGCUUCUCGUGCCUGUGGAUGUGGACACAAACACGCCCUGCUAUGCCCUCUUAGAAGUUACCUACAAGGGCACUCAGUGGUAUGAACAAACGAAAGAAGAAUUGAUGGCUCCUACCCUGCUUCCAGAACUCCAUCUUUUAAAGCAGAUUAAAGUUAAAGGCCCAAGAUACUGGGAACUGCUCAUAGAUUUAAGCAAAGGAACACAACACUUGAAGUCCAUCCUUUCCAAGGAUGGGGUUUUAUAUGUUAAACUCAGGGCAGGUCAGCUCUCCUACAAAGAAGAUCCAAUGGGAUGGCAAAGUUUGUUGGCGCAGACUGUUGCUAACAGGAACUCUGAAGCCCGGGCUUUCAAGCCAGAAACAAUCUCAGCAUUCACUUCUGAUCCAGCACUUCUGUCAUUUGCUGACUAUUUCUGCAAACCAACUGUGAACAUGGGUCAGAAACAGGAAAUUCUGGAUCUCUUUUCUUCAGUACUCUAUGAAUGUGUUACCCAGGAGACCCCAGAGAUGUUGCCUGCAUACAUAGCAAUGGAUCAGGCUAUAAGAAGACUUGGGAGAAGAGAAAUGUCUGAGACUUCUGAACUUUGGCAGAUAAAGUUAGUGUUAGAGUUUUUCAGCUCCCGAAGCCAUCAGGAGCGGCUGCAGAACCAUCCUAAGCGGGGGCUCUUUAUGAACUCGGAAUUCCUCCCUGUUGUGAAGUGCACCAUCGAUAAUACCCUGGACCAGUGGCUACAAGCCGGGGGUGAUAUGUGUGUGCACGCCUACCUCAGCGGGCAGCCCUUGGAGGAAUCACAGCUGAGCAUGCUGGCCUGCUUCCUCGUCUACCACUCUGUGCCAGCUCCACGGCACCUGCCGCCUAUAGGACUAGAAGGGAGCACGAGCUUUGCUGAACUGCUCUUCAAAUUUAAGCAGCUAAAAAUGCCAGUGCGAGCUUUGCUGAGAUUGGCUCCUUUGCUUCUUGGAAAUCCACAGCCAAUGGUGAUGUGACCGUGUCUGGUGGUGAACCUACCCUGAGACGUGACUUCUACACAAAAACGUGACCAAACAUCAAAGCUAAAGCAAUGUUUAUAAAGUUUUAUGGUAUAACUAGGGGGAAGUGAGCUGCACAAACCUCAGUGUAUUUUAAAUCUGUUGCUGUGGUCAUUAACAUUAUAUGAUAUGUAAAAGCAAGUUACAAUUUACUUUUGUAAAUAAAGUUUUUGGUUUGUUUUCAAAACUCUCGAUGAUUGCUUUAAUUUUGGACUUAGAGAAUAGAGCAGUGGGUGCUGGAGUGAAUAUUGAUUUUUAAAGUCUUUGAACUGUGGUGGUACAGGUGAAGUGACUAUGUUCAAAAACGCAGUUUUAAAAGAAGCUAUAUCAUAAAGUUUUACUUUCUGUGGCAAAAGAGCGUGUUAGCAUUUCCUCAGAUGUCACAGUUGUCCCAUCUAAAAUAAGUUUGUACUUCUGGUGACAAUGCCAGACAUUCUCAUGAUGUGAUCACCUUAAACAGGAGAAGGAGAUUUUUGCCCUCAGUUGCUCAACAUGAAGUACUAUGGACUGAAUUGUGUCCUCUCAGAAUUGUAUAUUGAGGCCCUAACCCCUGUGUGGCUGUAUUUGGCAAUGGGGCAUUUAGGAGAUUACUAAGGUUAAAUGAGGUCAUCAUAAGGGUGGGGUCUUAAUUCAAUAGAAUUGGUGGUCUCCUAAGCAGAGGAAGAGAGAUUUUUCUUUCUCUCUCUGCCACGUGAAGAUGCAGUGAGAAGUCGGCCAUUCUGCAAGCCAAGAAGAGCCCUUACCAGGAAAAGACUUGACUAGCACCUCGAUCAUGGACCUCCAGCCUCCAGAAUUGCAAGAAAUACAUUUGCCCUGUUGAAACCACCCAGUCUAAAAAAAAAAAAAAAAAGAAACCACCCAGUCUGUGGUGUUUUGUUAUGGCAGCCUAGGCAGACUAAUACAUGAAACCUGCUCUAAAUAGAUAAAAUAAGAAAUUACUACAGAGGGCUCUUUAGAAAUUGUAUUUAAAAACAAAACAAUCCAUAUUUACCCAAGAUUUACAGAAUGUACGUCUGUACACGGGAGGGAUUUCCGGACUCGUGGAUGAUGAAAAAUGUUCGUAUAAAGGCACCUCCAGCUUCGAGUUGCCAACACAGGAGGAAGAAUGCUCUCUGUUGUUCAGAUGCUGAUGUGUGUCCUGUGCUUCCUGGACAGCCAGUGGGAUCAUAAGCUGGUAGAAGCAAGAUCUUCAUCCACUGACUUCAUAUUUCUUCCACAUCCUGAGCUGUGUUGUCUGACUUUAAAAAUAAAUUAAAGCAAAUAGAAAUGUUUCCAUUGAGAGUUUGGCAAAACCCCACGUGGCAUUUGUCUCUGCGGGCUAGACUUGGAAGGCAUGCUCCUGGAGGCCCAGCGGUUUUCUCUGGCCUCUCGUGUCCUCCCAUUGGCGUGCCUGCCCCAAGGACUCGCUGAUUCCCGGAUGUGAAGCGGAGGCACGAAGGGGCUGACUGAGAGGCUGAAAUGUGCUUCUCUUCACACUUACAUAGUUUUCUUCUAAUUAAAAAUAAAUUUUAAGUGGUAGAUGAUGAAAAUUCCUUUUGAAUCAAGAUUUAAAAAAUUCAAUAUCAAACCAAUUGUUACUGUCUUCACUCUCCAUUGUUUACGACUGUGUGCUUUUCCCUGAAUAAAGAAUGACUGGAGAGACA